CAUGGCCUCCUGCAAAGGACGCAUGUACCAAGAUAACUAGUGUGACGCUCCAAAACAGUGUUCAGCAGGAAAAAGGAAGACUGUGGUGGACACGUAUCGGAGCUUGAGGAUGAAUCCUACAUGAGAGUACUAGAACCAAACAAGACAUGGAGAAGUUCGGCAUGGCUUUUGGGGGUGGCCCCAGCAAAAAGGAGCUAUUGGACACCAUAGAAGGGCAGAAGAAACAGCUGGGCCAGUAUCAAACCCGCUUUAAGGAUGUUGUCCGGGCCUACAAGGGUCUCCUCAAGGAAAAGGAGGCUCUGGAAGCUAGCCUGAAGGUCCUAACAGUGUCCCAGGAAGUAGACCUGGGCCACUGCAGUGACGACCCAUCCUUACCCGGCGGGGUCACCAACGCUUCACCCUUGACCUCUGACCUCGGGGACGACCGCUCCUCUCUGCACAGUGAGGACAGUCUGGACACGGCGGCGUCCGUGGACACGGCAGCCAGCGGCAGCACCAAGGGGGACCCGCUGGAGGAGGAGCAGCGGCAACGGUCCGCUUCUGUAGGAGAUGUCACCAGCCUGGGGGUCCCCACAGCCUCCAGCCAGACCCAGUGUUCGGAGGAGGCCAGCGGGUCGGAGAGUGGUGUCAGCACCAGUAGCAGCGGGGGGCUGGAACAGCAGCAGCCGCCGCAGCAGCCAACGCCGCCGCAGCCAACGCCGCCGCCACCACAACCACAGGCACCGCUCACCACGUCCAGCGCUUCUUCAGAAGUAGACCGGCGCAUUCUGCAGCUAAAGGCCCAGCUGAACACGCUGACCAGCUCGCUGACCACGGUCUCCCAGGAGAAGUCCCGCAUGGAGGCCUCGUUCCAGGCGGACAAGCGCAAGAUGAAGCACGACAUGGAGGAGCUGCAGAAGACGCUGGAGGACACCCAGAGACACCAGGAGGCAGAGAUGAGAGCUCUGCAGGAUCAGCUGGCGGAGACCAAGGCCCGCGUGAUCACGGGGCAGCACGAGCGGGAGCAGGAGCAGGGCGACCACGCGCACAUGCUCCGCGAGCUCCAGAAGCUCCUGCAGGAGGAGCGCGGCCUGCGGCAGGACGCCGAGCUCAAGCUGGAGGACUCCCGCGAGACCCUGAUGGAGACCAUGCAGGUCGCGGACCGGGGGCUGGACUACGAGCUGCGUCUGAAGGAGGCCCUCCAGGAGCGAGAGGAGAUGAGGAGGAGCCUCCAGGCAGCGGAGGCUGAGAGGAGCAAGCCCGACCCCCUGGUGGAGGAGCUUCAGAGGGAGGUCACCCAGCUCAAGGUCCACUUCCAACAGCAGCUCCAGCAUGAGAUUCGAAAGGCCACCCAAGCCGACGAGCGUCUGCAAGACCAGGCCCGUCUGGAGGAAGGCCGCGUGGCGAGCCUGGAGGAGCGCGUCUCGGAGCUGUCGGAGCUGCUGGGCGCCUGCGAGCGCACCCGCCAGAAGGACCAGCAGACGGCCCAGAGGCUGCGGGAGCGCGUGCUGCAGCUGGACACGGAGAACAAGACGCUGGCCAUCGCUGCCACCUCCUCCUCCUCCUCCAGCCGCACCGGCGUCGGGUGCGACAUCAUCCACACCCUCAACCUGGACGAGGCCAACCUGGACAUCAGCAUGCUGAAGGACAAGAUGGAGGUGAUGAAGAAGCUCCUCAAGAGAGCCACGCAGAGGAACAUGCAAGGGAUGGUGAUCGAGAAGCUUGGAGAACAGGAGUCGGGAGAGGAGGAGGAGGUGGUGGGCAGGACAAAGGUGGAGGAGUCCGACGUGGAGAGGAGGUCAGCGCUGUUCUACCAGCAGGAGCUGAAGCAGGUGAAGGAGGAGUUCGAGCGCUACAAGGUGCGAGCGCAGGUGGUGCUCAAGAACAAGAACGCCAAAGAUGGCAGCCAGGCCAAGGAGCUGGAGGACGCGCGCGACCAGCUGGCCGAGCUCAAGGAGAAGUACAUCAACCUGCGCAUCCACAGCGACGAGGCGGAGGCGCGUCACCGCGGCGUGCUGGAGGAGCGCCACCAGGGGGCGCUGGCCACGCAGCAGGGCCACAAGCAGGAGCUGGACAGGCAGGAGGCGCAGCACCGGGAGAACUUCCUGCGGUGGAGGAGGAAGCUGCACAAGCAGCGCGACCGCACCAUGGCGCUGCUCGCCGAGAAGGACCAGGAGCUGGAGCGUCUGCGGAGCGCCGCCGCGGCCAACGUGUUCGGCUUCACGAGUCACCACCGCGGCGGCGGAGGCGGAGGGACGUCCGAGACCGGAGCGGGGUCGCAGGGGGACGACCUGGAGUUCGACAGCCAAGCGCAGGAGGAGAGCGACUUCAUCGCCCAGGCCCUGAGGCUGGCGGGGCCCAACGAGCCGACCCUGCUGCUGUACGCCGAGCAGCUGGCCAGGAAGGAGGUGGAGAACGGCGCCCUCCGCAGGCAGAAGCGGCGCCUGGAGGAGGACGUCCACCAGCUGCAGGGCAAGCUGAUCGCCAACGGCGAGCGGCACGACGAGGAGGCGGCGGACCUCCGGGCCGAGCUCGACAAGCGCAUCCGGGACCAGGGCCGCGAUGGCGCCAACCUGGAGUACCUGAAGAACAUCAUCUACAAGUACCUGACCCUCCAGGACAUUAGGGGGCGCCAGCAGACCCUGACGGCCAUCCUCACCAUCCUGCACUUCAGCCCUCAGGAGAAGCAGGCGGUCAUCAAGCAGCAGGCCCAGGGUUGGUGGGGGGCGGCAGGGAAGAGGUAACAGGAGUGUGAGGACAUUUUGGAUUCUGGUGAAGGACUACAGACUAAGCUAUAACUUAUUUUCAUCGAAACAACUGGGGUUCCUUUUGGAUUGAUCAACCCAACACCUAUUAUUGUAUAACUGUGUGAUUUUGUGGACUUGCUUAUCACAGACACCCAUUUUCUGUCUGUUUCUAUCGCUGUUAAACAUGUCAUGCAUUCAUAUACACUUAUCUGCUUGGAGUUCACCUGUGUUUACUAACUCAUCCAUAUGUGCUGAGCAUUGGACCAUAUCUUCAUAUCUUUACUGCUACUGUUUGUCACUACUUUGCCUUUUUUACCUGUCAGCUUUUGAAGUCAGCUGUACUUUUCAUCUGUAGAGAAUACUACAGUGCCUGUGUGAAGCUGCUCUUUAAGGCUGUGUGUGAGGACAAUUUGUGCAAUAACAACCAGCGGACCUUUUAGCACAGCUUUGUAUUGCACGUUUUCAUACUAUACUAUAUACUGUGCUGUACUGUGUAUCGUAGUGCAGAAUAGUCAACCAUUAAAUGGGUGGCAAGUUGUUGAAAAUAUGCAAUACUACCCUACCACCUUCACCAAAUGACUUAAGACCUCAGUGUAUAUAUUUUGAACGUCACCUGGCCUUUACAUGCGGAAGUGCAUAACAUAGUUACUUCUAGUACACUUUUACUUUAUAUAGGCUGAGGGUGAGUCCAAGGCAUUUGGUCUAUAACUGAACAGACGGUCCAACCUAAAUUCAUUAGAUGUCAUUCGAUGACAAGGGGUUCUUAAGCAAACGGUGCACAAAACUGUCUGGUUUCAUGGAAGUCAGCAUGUAAGGACAACAGAAACAUCAUCAAUGCAAAAAGCCACUCUUCCUUUUCUCGCUGUGUUCUGUUUGUGAUGUCAUAGCUUCUCUCUUGUACAUAGGUGUACUAUAAGCACCGUGUGGGAAAUUAAUGAAGAGUUAACUGUGCUCAACACUGUCAACCUCUAAAGUAGUCUUUUAUAAAGAAUUAAUUAGACUGGCUAUAUUGAUACUAAGUGUAUAUUUUGACUCCUCUACAACAUAAAAUAAACUGUAUUUUCCACCUU